GUUAUCUCUUCAUUUCACAUUAGACUCUCGCGAUUCCUUACUCAUCCCUCUGAAUGCUUCAUCGGCAGCGCUAUCAGCCGUGCACCGCCGUCUCACGCAACCUCCAUUGCACUCUACUUCCAUCAGCCUUGCUCGCAUCACUCCCUUCCGUUGCACCCCUUCCCGGUUCUUCUUCGUCGCACCCCUUCCGUCGGCCUUGCUCGCAUCGCUCCCUUUCGAACCCUAAUGUGAGUUUCUCUCUUCGAUCUCGCCACUAGUGCUUGCUCUUUUCUGCGUGUUGCUGUGUUUCUCUCUCCGAUUUUGCCUCAGCUAUGCAGGUAACCCUAAUCUCCUUUCUCUUUCAUCGCUGUUUUCUUUCUUUCAAUACCAUCGCUAACUCUAAUUAUAUUAUCCUAUGUUCCAUCGCUAACUAUGAUUCUAUUUCCUAUUCUAUGAUAAGAACUUGUAACGGUUAUAGUUUUUUAUUUUGUGUUCUUAUAAACUUGUUCGUGAAAUCAAGGUUCCUGAAUGCAUUGACUAGUUUCAUUUUUAUUGCUGAGGAAGAGGAGGAGGAAGUAGAGAUAGAGUAUGUGGAAGGUUAUGAUGAACUUGAAGAGGAAGAUGACAUGGAGGAUUUUGUUAAUUUUAGAUACAUUUCAAUUCUAUUUUUAUGUAUUAGUCUAUUAUUUUUCUUAUAUGUUGGAGGUGAAAAGUUGUGCAUGUGGAGUUGGAGCUCUGUGGUUGAGUUUAGAAAAAUGAAAUAAACUAGGAAAUGAACGCAUUUGAAAAUCAAAAGCAUAACAGAGUUUGGAAGCUCUGAAGAUGAAGAGGCAGAAGCAGCUGCUCAGAGAAGGGUGAAACGGAAGAAUAAGUUAGCUUCAAUGAAAUUUGAGAAAGAUUCUGUUGAUCUUAAAUCAAAGAAGGCAAAGGUCCUUGUUGAGACUGCCUAUACAGAGCUUGUUGAGCAACAGGAGGAAAAAAGUAAUUCAUGGAACGAUGAUGAUUUUCAAAAGUUUGAUCAUCUUCAAGAAUCAGAGCCCAUUAGUUCUGCUGAUCAAGUAACUAGUGAGAUUGACCAUAUUCUUACAACUUUCGGUCGAUGUGAGGAGGCAGUUGUUAAUGAAAUUAAUCAAUUUCGGGAUUUGUUGUCAGAGAUUGACUGUAAAAUUGGAAAGCUUACACUUGCUAGACUGUUGACUACUGUUGACUCCUUACCAUCUCCACGUGCUAAUAAUAUGGUUAAUACUGAAGAAAUUCUUCAAAUUUAUGAUGAUUUGAUGAGGUUGGAUCUAACACAUUAUCUUUAUUAUAAGGAUGAGCAUAGUCUAGUGCUACUUCAUCAGGGAUACUAUCCGAUUGGAAUACCUUGCCCUUCUCCUUAA